GCUGGUAUAACCAGCUGAUGCUGAGGCUAUGAGCACGGAGCCUGUGAAGAACUGUUGACGGUAUAUAAAUAGUCCGUCAUCGGCGUAAUGCCUGCGGAUUCGGGUUCAUCUCCAUCCAGAGACUGAGUGAGUAGUCUAUUUGAUCGUGUCACGACGCAGGGGCCUUUUCCCUCCUCAUCGCUCCACAUGAUCUUUCUCCGUGUCCCUACAUCAUCAUUUUUUAUGGGCAUGAUGCUCCGAGUUUCACAGACUGAGCUUUCUCACCUCAAGCAGCCGACACGCCACAACUGCAGGUAUGGCUGUGUGGAGGUUUGGAUGGAAGUAUGAGGCUGACAACCUCAAGAAAUGGAAUAAAGGGAAUUAGGAGACAACUUGAGCCAAAUCUAUAAAUAAACAGAGGUGACAUUUUAAAAGCCUAAGCCUGGGAAAGAGCUGCAGAGUGAGGAAAGGAGAAGGUGAAGAAGAGGAAGAAGGCGAGUGAAUAUGGGGGGUGCUCAGAUGUUUACCACAUUUCUCCUGGACUCUAAGGUUCACUCCAUCAGCCACCAGUCAAAUUAGGAGUCUCCUCAAUAAAAUCCGAGCAGCUCAUUUCACCUGCUGGAAGAGCCCCUACCCUCGGUGAUGUGAUGAAUAAGUUUGAAGUCCUUGGCAUUGUGGGAGAAGGAGCAUAUGGAGUGGUGCUUAAGUGCAGGCAUAAGGAAACCAAUGAGUUGGUUGCCAUUAAGAAGUUCAAAGACAGUGAAGAAAAUGAGGAGGUCAAGGAGACGACUCUCCGGGAGCUGAAGAUGCUUCGGACACUGAAGCAGGAAAACAUCGUCGAGCUAAAGGAGGCCUUUCGCAGGAGGGGGAAGCUGUACCUUGUCUUUGAAUAUGUUGAGAGGAACAUGCUGGAACUGUUAGAGGAACUCCCCACUGGCGCUCCUCCUGAUAAAGUCUGCAUCUACAUCUACCAGCUCAUCAAAGCCAUCAACUGGUGUCACAAAAAUGAGAUAGUACACAGAGAUAUCAAGCCAGAGAACCUUCUCAUCAGCUCUGAGGAUGUUCUCAAACUCUGUGAUUUUGGUUUUGCCCGUAACUUGUCUGAAGGAACAGAUGCUAACUACACUGAAUAUGUGGCCACAAGGUGGUACCGCUCGCCUGAGCUGCUGCUGGGGGCUCCAUAUGGAAAGGCAGUGGACAUGUGGUCGGUGGGGUGUAUCCUCGGGGAGCUGAGUGAUGGACAACCUUUGUUCCCAGGGGAAAGUGAGAUUGACCAGCUCUUCACCAUUCAGAAGGUUUUGGGUCCACUCCCAGCAGAACAGAUGAAACUCUUCUACAACAACCCUCGAUUUCAUGGAAUCAGAUUUCCCUCAGUUACUCAUCCUCAGACUUUGGAGAGAAGGUACCAAGGCAUCUUGAGUGGUUUGAUGCUGGAUUUGAUGAAGAAUCUGUUGCUGCUAAACCCUACUGAGCGUUUUCUGACGGAGCAGAGUCUGAACCACCCGGCCUUCCAGCCUCUGAGGCAGACAGAGAGAGAGAGGCCCCCUCCUGUGUCUCCCAACCUACCACGCUCCUCGAAGAGGAAAACACACCAUCAUGGAGACAAUACUGUUCCUACAAGGAGUCAUAGCAAGAGCACGAGCCGUCGCUCCAACACCAAAGAGUGUUCAAGCCUCCCUCGCCAUGGGGACCUCCAUCACCUCAGCAAUGAGAGUUUCCUCAAUGGUAACAAACCGGCCCCUUCCAGUUUAAGUCCAACACUUCACCCCAAGGGACAGUACAUGUCCCAGACCCUCAAUCGUUCUCCCUCAUCCAGCAAAGACCUGGUUAACAACAAUCUGCCACACCUCAGUCCCAAAGAAGGCAAAGGCAAGACAGAGUUUGACUUCAGCUUGGGACCCUCCCCAAAGCUGCCAGACCAGGGACACGGGGCAAAGUACAGCCACAGCAAACCCACCUCCUCUCGCUCUCAGCAGCAGCAACAGCAGCAACAGCAGGCCAGCCGUCACACCUUCCUGGAAAGCAAGACCAACACACUGCAGUCUGGAGCAGAGAAACAACAUGGCCGACAUGCUCACAGUAUGGCCGACUCUGCCCAUGGAUCCAUGUCCUCCUCUUCUAAGAGUUCAGCCUCUUACCUCAGCCUGUCCAAGAGCCACAGUGGGCUGAGUGAUGCCAAAUCUGUAGGGAACCUCAGUGAUAGUCGACUCCACCCAGAUGACCCAAACACCAACACAACAGCAGGGGUGGGACCCGGUGCUCGCUUCUUCCCUGCCAGCUGUUUAGACCUCAAUGCUCCUUCAGGUCCCCCAGGGCCGCCUGGCAGCCCUUCUGCUCGACACAGUGAUCGAUCUGGGCACAGCCCUGCCUCUCGUAGCAGCGGCAAUGUCCACAUGGAGAGCAGCACACUGGACUCCUCAUCCAGACACAAAUCCAGACAUAAAUCCUCAGCACCGGAAGAUGGUGGUGCUUCAGAACUUUUAGAUCCAGGAGGGAUGCCCUCCACUCACACUCUGCCUUCCCCACAUGAGUCUUAUCAUUACGGCCUGGGCUAUACCUCGCCCUUCUCCUCUCAACAGCGGCCUCAGCGUCACUCCAUGUACGUGAGGAGGGAACGCCACCGACCACACGGGGUCGAGGGUGGGAUGGCGGGCUUGCCUCCACCGGGGCAGGCAAUACCAACACGAGCCAGUAGCCUGCAGCUCCUCUCCCCCCAGCUACAGCACCGAACCACCCUCACUGGGCACUCAGUGAGCUCUUCAAGAGAGGACUGCACUGAUGACCUGACAAGGAGUGAGCAGUCCCCUAAGGACAUGAGCCACCCUUGUGCCCCCAUCAAAGAUUCUACGAGGGACAACACUCCUGUUUUUCAUACACAACGCUCUAAAAACGAGGUUGGCAUGUAUCAUGACCCUCACGGUGAUGACGGAGGCUCCUCUAAGGAGAACCGAAUGAUUUUCACUGAGUCCAUGCCUCGAAGAGUAGGCAGCUUCUACCGAGUCCCUUCUCCCAGACCAGAUAACUCAUCCUCUUUCCACGAUGGUGUCGGGCAGGGCCGAGGGCCAGUCGUACCUGUACCUGGAGACCCUGUUGCCAUGGUCAACCACUCCAAACGUCAGACGGCUUUUGACUGGACUGCUGCAGAAGCGAUGGUCAUGAAUCCUCCAGAGCCCAUCAAAGAGAAGGAAAAACAAGGCUUCUUCAGAGCCAUUAAAAAGAAAAAGAAGAAGACACAAAUAACGGACAUGGAGGACAGGAGGAACCCCAGCAUCAAGAAAAGUCUUUUCCCCCUCUUUAGUUCUAAGAAUAGCUUAAAGCACAACUCAGCUGUCAAAGUUCUACCUGUAGUCGCCUCGCCUAUGGUACAACACCAGCCUUCUGCGGUCUACCCUGCCUCACCAGUUCCUGGUAACGGACAAGAACACCUGUUGCUGCAGAGGAGCUCCAAGUCAUCCUCUCAUCACGGCAGCCGACGAAAAAACCGCGAGCGUUCCCGAGACCGGGAACGAGAACAGAGCCGAGACCGAGACAGAGAGAGGGACAGGGAAAGGGAGAGAGAGAGAGAAAGAGGGAGAGACAGGGAGCGAGUCAGUGACUGGCCACCAGACAAACCUGUGGACUCACACUCUCAGAGCCAACCACUCAAGUCACUCCGCAGGCUCCUUCACCUAUCUCCUUCUUCCUCAAAUCAAGGACAACCUCCUCCUGCUCCCCCUCCAGACCUGCGCUUCCAAGCCCCACUCCCCAACCCCCCUCAGCCCUCCUCUAAAGCGGGCUACUCUGAGGGUCGAGGGCACACUGAGAGCAGGGGGCACUCUGGGGUGAGCAGCUCCACCCAGGCUAAGAGCCGCAAGACCAGCUACCCCCUCCCUGGGCAGAUCGAGUCCAGCUGGCACGUGUCUGCUUUACAGCGGGCAGAGGGUGCUCAGUUCACACCCGAACAGCUGGGCAUCAAACCAGGGAAGAACGGACCCACUUUUACCCGAGCCUCCCGCACUAGGAUGCCAAACCUCAAUGACCUGAAGGAGACUGCACUUUAAACGCCCCCAAAACCACACCACCUCCAAUAUGGCUCCAUCCUGGAAGUAUCUGCCAGACAUAGACAUCAUGAUACUGCAGUAAGAGUUUACACGAAGGCCUAUCUUCCUGGAUCCAGUCCUCAUUCAGAAACAUAGCUAUCUGUUGAUGCUCAUGUCAAUGACAUCUACAAAGACUAGACGUUGACAGGCCAAACUCCAGUAACAGUGUUGUUUACGGAAUCAAAGACAGGAAAGGGCUCACUCCCUCUCGGGAUGCCAACACUGUAUGAGUUAUAUACCAUUCUCUCUCUAUUACACAAGGUUAGAACAUCAGAACUAGUUGAUAAGAAGCUAAGCUUUCCUGUCAAGGAGUUGCUGCCCAUGUGGCCUUGCUGCUGCCAUCUUCUGCUCACAGGACACUACUGCAACACAUCAGACAGCCGCUAUCACACUGCUGGCAAAUAAACUCAAAAGUUUUUCAAGCUCUGAUAUUUGAUAAGAACAGGGAAAAAAGAUUUGUAUCACAUUAUUUAUUAAAUAUUUAUUUGUUUUAAAUUCAAGGAUAUAAGCUAUAAAUGACACAGUAUGUAGGCUAUAUGGGAAUAUAAUAGAAUUAAAUGUGUUAUUGCAAGAGCUUUAGUUUCAACACAAAGAAAUGAAUAGAUAUUUAUGUGCUGAUAUUACAAUAUGUCACAAAGAAUACUUAAUGGUGAAUGUCCUCUUUUGUUCACUUUGAUAUGUUAUUAACUGAUUUUGAAGUUAUACAAUGUUACUUUUACCCUUUUUUCAUCUAAAUGUAAAGAAAUAUUAAUAAAUACUUGUUGAACAAAAAGGGGGUGGGGGGAUAUUUAACACUACAUCUAGUACAAAUCUGCCCAGUAUUGUCAUGACAUUACUUUUGAAGUUUUGUGGGUUAUUUGUCACCAGGGUCUGGUAGCAGAAUAGCUAGCGUGAGACUGUUAGACUCUGUGCUUUACACACAGUAAUUGUCACUCUCUUUGUUUUAGUGUCACCAUUUUAAAAAUAAGCCCCGUUUUCAGUCUCUCAGCUCUUUUAUCAUUUGACGACAGCUUUCCAGCUCUGUGCUGCCAUGUUGGUUUUAUCAACCUCCUUAAGUAACAGGCAUCUCUGCCUACACCACCACGCAGCCCCAGUGAAACGCUGGCCUCUGAUACAACAUUUUAGUGCUUUGAGAUGUAUGAGAGCUCUCUGCAAAAAAGCAUACAUCACCUACAACCUUUAAGAUGUUAAAGGAUAAGUCUGGUUAUAUUCAGUUAUUCUUUUUUGGUCAUAGUUUCUCUAAGAAAUCUAAUCUUCUAUUGUUUGUGAAGCAAAAGUCUGAUGUGACUUAUUGCUCUGUGUGUUCUCAUCUAAUAUGUACUGAUUUACACUUUCAGUUGAGCUGAGGUGUAAAAUGCAUUUUACUGUCAUAGUUUGCUGAGGUUGAGCCAGGUUUAUAUACAGUUAGGUACCAGUUUACUCCAGUGGUGUCCAACCUGGGAUUUUGUCCUGGAGUCACGCGGUCAAAUACAUUAGGUUUUUGGACAAGGUCAUCAUUAAUCUGUAGGGUCAUGAGAAAAACAAACAAGCACUACAGCAAAAUUCUGCUACGCAAAUUUGUAUUUAAUUUAUUUGUUUUGCCUUUUUUUUUUUUU